GCGCGGGAGGUUAAAUAUAAAAAAAGCCGGUAUAGAUGUUCUAAGCUUGAUUUUGAUACAUAGCAUUCAAUAGCAUCUGUCAAACUGGAAAUAAGAGAGAGCAACGAGACAGCGAGAGAAUUCUCUUGCUAUUCACUCACAAUCAGUGCACUGAAGGCUGAUGGCUCAUGAAGUCACGAAUGAGAGAAGGAUGGACUUAUCGCUGUCUCGCUCACUUCGCUCGGUGGGGGAAAAUGGAGAGGUUGAUUCAGCUGAUUGCUGAAUUGCUCUGCCCUGGGUCGCCAAAUGUGCAUCACUAGGUGCGUUCCAUUUAACGCCCGCAUCGCUCGUGGAAUCAUUUUAUCCUUGUUGUUUAUAAAUAUUAAGGACCAAAGAUGCUCGCGAGCAUUGCGAGUAUUAAGUGGAACGCAGUCACUGAUAAAGAGUAGCAUUGCAAUUGAAUCGUUGAUUGUGUUGUAGUUGUCCUCUUGUAUUCAUUUUACUGGAAGCAGGAGCCAUAAUAUAGAAGAAGAAUCAUGGAUGGUGAUCGAUCAAAAGACACGGAUUCGCAGUUUAUAUCCUUCCACGAUUUCCCAUCGAUAAGUCAUGCUGACAACUCGGAGGGACAGCUGGGUUCUGGGGCUUCCACUCACCAGCCCUUUAAUAACCUUUCAAAUGACUCUAUGGGUAUUGGCAUGAUAGAAGAUUUACAAGGAAUGCCUGCUAAAACCGAAGAUACUGCUCAGAACAACUUCUGGACAAUUAAGUAUUACCAAAAGUUCUUUAAUGUCAACACAAACGAAGUCUUGGAGAAGCUCAUGCAUUCCAUGAUACCACAUGGUAACGACAAUUAUUUUAUAACGCACAUAAAGCCAAAUCCAGAUUUAUAUGGGCCUUUCUGGAUAAGCGUGACUCUGGUGUUUGCUAUCGCGAUUAGCGAAAACGUGGUGAACUAUUUGCAGACUGCUAAUUCUAGCAAGUAUCACUGGAGAUAUGAUUUUCAUAUUGUAACAUACGCAGCCACUAUUAUAUCUCUCUAUGUGUUGCUUGCACCAUUAUUCCUAUGGGGUACAUUAAAGUGGCUCAACAAAUAUCAUACAUCGGGAGAGGAAUUAAUCCAGUCUUAUCCCGUCCCAGGACUCUUAGACCUUUUGUGUCUAUAUGGAUAUUCCUUAAGCAUUUUUGUUCCAGUAGCUUUCCUGUGGAUAAUUCAAAUUGGCUGGUUACAAUGGAGUCUAGUCAUACCGGUGACGGUUUUAUCUGGAGGAGUUUUACUACGAUCAUUAUUACCAGCAUUUGAAAGGAGUAAAUGGAGGAUUCUAUAUGGUGCUACAAUUCUGAUUAUGCAUCUACUGUUGGCAAUGGAACUUAUGCUGCAGUUCUACUACGCGUCAUCUAAAAGUACUACUUCGGUCAAUAUGACUGAAUUGGCAUCUUCUACACAUACCAAUGUGUUGCAUAAAGUAAUACAAAAUAGUUCCGUCGUACCGCCAACGACAUUUUGAAAUGACCAAAUGCAGAUCUAAUAAGAAUUACCUUCGACAUUAUC